AUGGCUCUCCCACUACCGACAGGCCUGGUGCCGACCGAGGUAGCCUUCCUCUGCGAAAUGGAAAUGGUCACAAUCGUCCCGCGGCAACGGCUCGAGUCCAUAACACUCCUCAGUGGCAAAACGCCAGCUCUCCGCCCACCGCACCGUGCCGAACUCCCCCUCUGGCUCGCGCUCCUCCUCAAGAAGCAACGCCGCGCCAACAUCGUCCCGCCGCCGUGGCUGCUCCCGGCCUCGCUGCAAGACCUCGUGAACCAAGAAACCAAUAUCGACCCCGAAGCCUUCAGCCCGCCGCCGCCGCCGCCGAUGCGGUCGGACGGGUACGGCGCCGCGCACUCCUACACACAACACUCAACGAAUCCCGCCGACGUCGUGCUAGCGCCCCCGUUCCUUCCGUCCUGCACGCAGGGGGCGCCCUCGGGCUACCUGCCGUACCACUGGCUCGAGAUGGCCGAGACGCUGCUCGCGCACGCGGCGGACGACAUCCCCGGCGCGGCCGACGCGCGCGCGCUGCUGCGCGACCUGCAGGAGGUGCGCGCCGCCAAGAUGCGCGGCAGCACGCGGCACCUCGAGGGCGGCGGCGGCGUGCUCAACCUGCGCGGUGUGGGCGCCAUGGAGCUGGCCGAGAGCAGGGGUUUCGUGCUGGGCAUCGUGGAUGGGGUGCGGAAGCUGGGGGCGAGCGUGGAGGCGAGCAGGCGUGAGGAGGAGGAGGAGGAGAGGGAGGGUGGGGGCGGGGGCGGGGAUAGUGAUGAUGAGAUGGAGUUUUGA